AUGGGUCCGAAACUAUUACUGUAUGUCGAUACCGUCAGUCCGAUGGCAUAUGAAGCAUACUAUAUUCUCAGGAAUGACCCGGUAUUCAAGAGUGUGGAAAUCACAUAUAUCCCCGUCUUCCUUGGUGGACUUAUGAAAGCUUGUGGUAACACGCCGCCGCUCAAUAUCAAAAAUAAGGACAAAUGGAUCGAUAAAGAACGGAUUCGCUGGGCCAAAGCUUUUCAAGUCCCUAUGAGUGAGCAGAAGCCUCCUGGGUUCCCGCCAUUGACUUUGCUCAUCAUGCGUGCACUUUGCGCCGUCGCUGUCCUAGGCGGUCAAGACGCAUUGAUCAAGUGCCUGGAUGAAUUGUAUCCUGCAUAUUGGGUUCAUGGGAAAGCGACGCACGAGAAAGAGGGUUUGAUGGCGUGUUUGAGCAAGGCACUUGGUGAGGAAAUGGCUAGGAAAGCCAUGGAAAUGGCUCCUAAAGAGGGGAAAGAGCUCCUAGGCAAGAACACCGAUCAAGCUUUUGCAGAAGGCGCUUUUGGGUUGCCGUGGUUUGUGGCAGAGAACUCUAAAGGAGAGAGAGAUGUGGUGUGGGGGUGGACCAUCUGGCGGUCGUGGUAG